UGCACGGAUCUAGUUUCCACGGCGGAGCGUAAACGCGCGAGAUUAUGAUUUCCCGUUAGCCCCCGCGUUCACCGAGAGCCGUUGGUGCGAUGGAGGAGGGUGAGGUAGCCAUGUUGUAGCGGCGAAGAAGAAGAAGAAGCGCACAAACCGCCCGGAGGAUUUUUUUUCUUUGUUUUUGGUGUAGAAACUGUAACUGUUAAACCACACGGCUCAGAGGGGCCGUCCAUCCUGUUCCCUGUUUGGUCUGCCGAGCUGUGGGAGACACCAUGAGCGGCGGGACGCCCUACCUCGGGAGCAAAAUCAGCCUCAUCUCGAAGGCCGAGAUCCGCUACGAAGGGAUCCUGUACACCAUCGAUACCGAGAACUCCACUGUCGCACUCGCUAAAGUACGUUCCUUUGGUACGGAGGACCGCCCCACCGACAGGCCCAUCCCGCCUCGAGAUGACACCUUCGAGUACAUCAUCUUCAGAGGCAGCGACAUCAAGGACCUGACUGUGUGUGAGCCACCCAAACCAACAUGCUCUCUCCCUCAGGACCCCGCCAUUGUCCAGUCGUCCAUGAGCUCUAGCUCCUCGUCUUCUGCUGCCGCGGCCCCGACCCCGUUCCAGUCUGCCGGCUCCUAUGGCCUCUUCAACCGUGCUCCAGUUCCUGCCUACAACCAGUUCAGCACCAGCCCCCUGGUGUCCCCCCAGUUUGGACCCGUUGGCGUCGGCCGCAGCAGCCCCAGCCUGGACCCUCUGCGGAAGAGCCCCUCCCUGGAGCAGGUGAUCCAAUCUGCCCCGUCGGCCCCCACCGCCGCCACCACGGCCCCGGCCCCCGGCUUGGGACGCAGGAGCCCCGCCCACGCUCGCACGGCCCCCUCUGCCGCCGGCGGCCCGAGCAGCCAGAAGGCCCAGCAGCAGGAUGGCGUGGACACAAGGAGGGGUGAGACUGUCAGGGGAGGCCGCGGCAGCAGCCAGGGCUGGCCUGCACCCCGAACCAUCUCAGCCUCUCACAUCAGUGCUGUAGAUAGGGCUUCCACUGCAGGGUUUACCCACUCUAUCUUUAGCCACUCAGCAGCUGCCGGCGCACCGGCUAACCGACGUGGGCGAGGCGGCGGACACCGCGGCCGAGGACGCUUCAACGUACGCCGAGACGGACCCAUGAAGUUUGAGAAAGACUUUGACUUUGAGAGCGCCAACGCCCAGUUCAACAAGGAGGAGAUCGACCGAGAGUUUCAGAGCAAGCUGAAGUUGAAAGACGAGAAGACCGAGAAGCCGGAGAAAGCGGUGAACGGAGAGGACAAAGGCGACUCCGGCGUCGAGACUCAGAACAGCGAGAACAACGCUGAGGAAGAGUGCGACCCGCUCGGCCCGAACUGCUACUACGACAAAUCCAAGUCCUUCUUCGACAACAUCUCCUGUGACGACACUAGGAAAGCAAAUGACAAGUCUGGAAGCUCAGGGUUCCCACGGGAGCGGAGGCAGACCUGGGCGGAGGAGAGGCGGAUGAAUGCCGAGACAUUCGGCAUCCCUCUGCGUCAGAGCAGAGGCCGCGGAGGUUACCGCGGGCGUGGCGGUAUGGGCUUCCGCGGAGGACGGGGUCGUUCGGCUAGCCGAGGUUCCUUCGGCCCGCCACAAGGAGGCGGUGGCUUCAGGGGAGGAUACAGAGGAAACCAGGCCGGCCGCGAGUUCGCCGACUUAUCAGCAUACAGGAAGGACAACAAAGUGGCAGCGUAGUCUCAACGGGAGGAAGGCUCUACAGAAAGGUGCAACGCUUAAAAAAAAAAAAAAGGAAAAUCGUUUUUUGGUUGCUACUCUUCUUGACUAAAAGAAUGAAGAUUGUGUACUAGUUGUAUAUUUGUCACCAGCACUGGGGUAGACUGCUUGAAUGCAACUUAACUUUCCACCUUUCAACGGUGGAAACAACAACAACAACAACAACAACGCAGUUUGUCAGAGAAAAAAAAAAAAAAAGUCGAUCUUUACAAAAUAAU